UUGACAGACAGAUCCUUUGGAACUGGGAAUUGACUAUUGAGAAUUGAGAUGGAUUAAACGUUGAGAAAAACUAGACAUAAUAAUAAAAGAAAACACGACGUGAUAAAUUCUGUACAUUUUCGAUUUUUUUGUAAAAGUAAUAUAAUUAUAAUGGCUGAAAAAUACAAGGACAGCGAUAUAACAAUACGUGAGGCUAAACAUGAGGAUAUGGAAGCUGUGGCUGAGAUGAUACAAGAACUCGCUGACUUCGAGAAAAUGCCAGAUGGACCGAAACUAUCGGUAAAAGAUCUUCAACGCGACGGCUUCGAAUCCAAUCCGCCAGUGUUCCGGUGUUUGGUAGCGGAGGUGGCUAACAACCAAAAGCCGGUGGUCGGAUAUGCGCUGUACUUCCCCACCUACUCCACCUGGCAGGGCCGAGCCAUGAUGCUGGAAGACCUGUACGUGAGGCCCAGUGAGAGAAAACGGGGAGUCGGGAAGAAGCUGUUCAAUGCUGUUGCUAAGCAAGCCUCAUCAUCGGGCUGCUCUCGCCUAGAGUUCCAUGUGCUAGAGUGGAAUGACGCUCGCUCCUUCUACGAGCGCAAGGGAGCAGUGAACCUCACUAACACAGAACAGUGGUGUUAUUACCGUUUGACUGGGGAUGCGCUGCAACAGGCCGCUAGUGAAGCUUAAUACAAGUCAUAUGGCUGUGCCAUAGCACAGCAUAGUGUAUGAUACACAAAUAUGUUAAAAAUUAUCUGUAUGUUACACAAAUUUAUCAGUAAUAUGUUAAAAUAUGUGAAUGGUGAAGCUUUUUAGCUUUAUUGUUAACAAUUUUUUGAGAUUUAUUAAAAUUGGAUAUUUAAAUUAAUAAAAAAAAAUGCAUUCAUUUUAAUAUUAAUAUUAUAAGCCUUAAAUAGAAAUUUGUCAAUAUUAAACUAUGAUUUAUGAAUAUGCCUUGAAUAUAAAUUGGACUCAUUAUUGAAACUUUUUUUUUAGUAUUUCUAAAAACUGUAAUAUAUAGAAAUAAAACAAAAAGUGAUAUUGUGCUCAAAUGUAUUUCAUGUAAUUUUGUACAUUUACCCAACUCUAUAUUACAUUUCACUUACAAGAGAUCGUAAAAUACAAUUCUGUGAUAAUUGUUACAAAUAAACUGACAAUAUUAUGUACCUA